GGUAAGUUGAAGGUGCAGACAUUGGGAUUCAGCUUGUUUGUUUUUACUUGUUGAAGGUCGUUGAUUUCUUUUUCUUGUUGUUUUGUUGUGUAUUUCUGCGUUGUGUGUCAAUUUUUGUUUUUGCUUCGGUGUCCAGGUUCUUUCUGCAGUUUCUGAUUCUACAUUUUCAGCGGUUCCUUUGCAUUCUAAUGUCGCUCUCUCUCCGAUUCUGUUUCCUGCACCUGUUUCCUCUCCGGUUUACGACGCGGUCUUUUUGUAGUGCCGACGUUUCGGCAUGCCACACCAGAAUGGUAAGGAUCCGGCGGACUCGUCCAAUGCCGCCAGACAAGGUCACAACACGAAGAGUUUCGACUCGCCGUUCAAGGUUGAUCCGACAACCGACGGCAAGAGAGACGACCCCGUCUGGCAUUUCAUCGCACGAGGUCGUUAUUUGGAUGGGUCCACUGCGGCGGGUAGAAAGAGUGGUCGUCGCUGCAUGUGCAGGUUGUGCGGCCGUUCGAUGUGCAGGGGCGCUAAGGCCGCCAAGGAACACUUCUCAAAGAGCGAGAAGUUCCGAUGUGAGGUGGCCACUCCUGCAGUGUGGUAUGCCAUCUGGUCAAAGGACAUGACAAAAUGUCCGAAGGAGUUCGUAUCGGCUAUCGAGGCAUUGCAGAGCUUAUCUCACGAUCAUCCGAACUUCCAGUGGCCACCGCUACGAUACCUCGGGGACUCAGUGCCGCCCCUCGAUUCCGCCACCGCCCCCUCGGAGACGGUGCCUUCGUCCAGUCCAUCCGUUCGAGUUACAGUGCCGCGUCGAACGCCACCACGUCCACCAGCUCCAGCGUCUGCACCGCAGACAGGGACACAGGGUGCAGGUGGUUUACACGUCGGUCGGUCCGUGUCGGCCAAUGAGGCCCCUCCUGUUCGAGGGGGUGGGGGCUGUGCGGAGUUCGACGAACACGGCACACAUGCUCGACAACCUGCUUCCCUAGUUGGGGAACAGGCAAUGCCUGGGCUGGGUGCUUCUGAGGUCCCCAUUCCGGUGUCUGAUUCGUCGCCAACCCCGCUUCCACCGACGACAGGUGUUGCUGCAACUGCUCCACCUGUUCUUACCGGUUCAUUGGAUCCUUUGUACCGCAUGCGCGACAUUGCAGCGGCCCAGAGCGCAGCACCUGAGAGUCCUAGUGGGUUGUUGGAUGUCGGGAUCCUUGGCGGGCAAGCCACGACGGGACGUGGCCGGGGCACCUUUCGCCAACAGGCCGUCACGUCGUAUUAUUCGGACCCUUUGGAGCACGCGUGGCAUUUGCAGAUCAUGCGCUUCAUCGUCGAGAGUGGGAUGGCGUUCAACUACGUUAAGCUUGAAAGCUUCAAACGCAUGUUCGCGAUGAUCAUCCCGUCGGGGGUUCCAGGGGCGCCCACACCCAAAGUACCCACGUACCACAUGGUGCGCACAUCCCUUUUGGAUGAGCUGGAUGCAGAGGUCCAAAAGUGUGUUCGGCCACUUCUUGACACGGCGAGAGAGUUUGGUUGCACAAUCAUAACCGACGGUUGGACCAACAUUAGGGGUCAGACAUUGUGCAACUACCUUGUCGGGAUAAAUUUGGGGGCAGCUUAUGUGGCCACCGACGUCAUGCACGGGAAGAAGGGCGCCACUGCCCUUGCGACCGCGUGGCUGAAGAGGGUGAAGUCCAUGGGCAUGGACUUGAUCGACAUCACAACAUUCGUGACGGACUCCGCCGGGGUGAACGUCGCAGCGAUGGAGGUUUUCCAGAAGGACGAGAGCGUCAAACACAUCUUCUGGAUUCCAUGCGUCGCUCAUGUGAUGGAUCUAAUUCUCGAGGACAUCGGCGGGAUUGAUUGGGUGGCCCCCCGCAUCGCGCAGGCGAGGUUGGUGACGAGGUUCUUCAAGCGCCAUGGCCACGCACGGGAGGUUUUGGAGGUCUUCUCGACGAAGACCCUUCUACUGCCGGAGGAGACUCGAUUCGCCACUAACGUCAUCAUGAUGACGAGGCUUGUGGACCUGCGGGGAGAGCUCACGCAGCUUGUUGGCAACCACCGGUGGCGUGAGACUGUUUGGUCGACCAGCAAGAUCCGCAAGGACGCCGCAGAGGUCACUGCGUGUAUCGGGUCUCCUCCAUGGUGGGAGGAUUUGAGAGCUUUGUGCAAGAUGUUGGAGCCUAUCAUGGAUAUGUUGAGGCUAGUCGAUAGUGACACACGCCAGAUAAGCAAGAUUUUGCGUCGUUACGAGAUUAUGAUCGCAUCUUGCUUGUCUGCGUGUCGCGACCUCGAUCGGGAGCAGCAGGACGCUAUUUUGGAGGUGUUCGACAGGCGGCGCACCAUGUUCCGGACACCCGCCCACACAGCAGCCAUGUUGCUGGAUCUCGACCAGGAGGUGCAGCAGGGAUUGAUCGAAGCCCUGGUCCAGUUCGGCUAUCCAGAGGGAUCAGUGCAGCACGAGGAGGUCCUUAAGGCGGUAUUCAAGUUCCACACAAAGGAGCCUCCUUUCGAUGAUGUCAACAUGCGGCGAUCGUUGGCAUGCUACAGCCACCCUGCCAGUUUUUGGUCUGCGAAGAGUGCGAAGUACCCUCACACGACGUUCUUUGCCGGUGUCGGAGGAACGAGGCGUGGUGGCAGGACUGCCGCAUUCGGGACUCGUCGACAGCGGGCAGACGGUUUCAUCCGCAAGGCCCGCCAGCGUUGGGACGAGGGAGACUUCUUGUUCGACAACUCAUCCAGCGACGACGAGGAUUUCUUUGCAUUGGGCACGCCCGCGCCUACGGACGAUAAGAGAGGCGACGGCGACGACAGAGGUGGUGGUGGAGGAGGUGGCGGAGGAGGUGGCGGACGAGGUGGCGGCGGAGGUGGUGGCGGCGGAGGAGGUGGCGGAGGAGGUGGCGGAGGCGACGAGGUGGCGGAGGCGACAACAGAGGUGGCGAAGGAGGUGGCGGAGGAGGUGGCGGAGGCGACGACAGAGGUGCCGGAGGAGGAGGCGGAGGAGGUGGCGGAGGAGGUGGCGGAGGAUGUGGCGGAGGAGGUGGCGGAGGCGACGACAGAGGUGCCAGAGGAGGUGUCGAAGGAGGUGGCGGCAACGAGGGAGCUGACGACAAAGGUCACAGAGGAGGUGGCGGCGACGCGGGAGGUGACGACAAAGUUGAGGGGUGUGAGGGUGACUUUCCAGUGCGUGGUCAUACUGCGGUCCCAUUGCCAUCUGACCCAAGCCACGGUCGCGGUUCAUGCGGAAGCUCGAGGAGGGGCAGCCAGUGAUGGGCAGACAAUUCCGGACGGUGAAGGGAAUGUGCCACCUCCUUCCACCGUCGUCUGCACAGGCGCCCACGAGGCACCCAGCGUCGCGGUCCCCUCCAUAGGCGAGGUAGCACAUCCUCCCACGAAUGACGUUGGAUUGGAGGACGGAGAGGUUGCACAUCCUCCCAUGGUUGACAUUGGUUUGGAGGACGAAGAGGUUGCACGUACUCCUAGUUGUGCCCAUGAGAAAGAGGUUGCACGUCCUGCCACGGUCAACCACGUUGGCCUCGCCUCCCCCGCUGACAAUCUUCCGCCCACUGCGGAGUUGCUCGCCAUGGAGUCGGCGUUGUUUGAUCUUCCUGAUGUACCGACUUUGAUUUCUCCCACUUUGGCAUUUGUGGCACCACCAGCGACUGGUCGAGCAAAUGACGCGGAUGGAGUGCGUAGAGGAUUCGACGAGUUCGUCGGCGACACGAUAUUGCAUCCCGCAGUCUCCGCCACUCCCGCCGUUUAUCAUGUUGGGCCACCGCACGCGGUGGACCAGGGUUUGGCGCAGCAGGUGGCACGGAACCGCCGUGGCGGUGUAGGGGCCGUGAUGGAGGUGGAAGAAGGGUUGGGGUAGUUGGCUAUGGUGGAUGGGUGUAGGGGGUGGAGGAGGAAGAAGGGUUGAGGUGGUCGGCUAUGGUGGAUGGAUGCGG